AGGCCAGUGAGACAGGAUGGUGAAAAGUGAUCGGCUUUAAAAGUUCACCACCAGUGUUCAGUGACGCUGCUGUCGGUGUCCAGCCGCAAGUUUCCCAGAAACUACCCAACGUCAUGUCAGAUUUAAAGCAGCUGUGUAGCGGUUUACCUCUGGAUCCUUUACCUCCCAACCGGGGAAGAGAUCCCAACGUGCCACACGCUCCUGUUCGAACUCCAAACCUCUCAGCUGAAGAGGAACGGCUGGCAUUGAGAAAUGCUUUGCGGUAUUUCCCUCCCUCCCAUCAUGCAACGCUUGCACCCGAAUUUGCUCAAGAGCUGCGGCAGUAUGGCCACAUAUACAUGUACCGAUUCUGUCCAGGGUUUCGGAUGAGAGCCUACCCCAUCAGCCAGUAUCCCUGCCAAACACGCCAGGCAGCAGCUAUAAUGCUGAUGAUCAUGAACAACCUGGACCCUGCAGUUGCUCAGUUUCCUCAAGAGCUUGUGACCUACGGAGGGAACGGACAGGUGUUUAGUAACUGGGUCCAGUUCUGGCUCGUCAUGAGCUACCUGAGCGAAAUGACAGAAGAGCAGACUCUGGUGAUGUACAGCGGACAUCCCAUGGGGCUUUUCCCCAGCUUUCCUUCGUCUCCUCGCGUCGUCAUCACCAACGGCAUGGUUAUUCCAAAUUACUCCUCCAGGGAUCAGUAUGAGAAGAUGUUUGCACUUGGUGUGUCAAUGUACGGUCAAAUGACCGCAGGAAGUUACUGCUACAUUGGGCCACAAGGGAUUGUUCAUGGCACUCUGCUGACAGUGCUGAAUGCAGGUCGAAGGUACCUUGGCACCGAUGACUUGAAGGGACGGGUCUUUGUGACCUCAGGCCUUGGUGGGAUGAGCGGAGCUCAGGCCAAAGCUGCAGUCAUCGCUGGUUGUAUUGGUGUGAUUGCUGAGGUGGACGAGGUGCCUUUGAAGAAGAGAUACGAGCAGGGCUGGGUCAUGGAGAUCACCAGCAGCUUGGAGCAAUGCAUCAAACGCAUCAGGGAGGCCAAGACUUCUAAGGCUCCUCUUAGCUUGGGUUUCCAUGGCAACAUUGUGGACUUGUGGGAGAGACUCCUACAGGAGUUUGAGAAAACAGGAGACCUCCUGGUAGAUCUGGGCUCAGACCAGACGUCACUACACAACCCCUUUAAUGGAGGGUACUACCCGGCCUCACUCAGCUUCCGCCAGGCCCACCAGCUCAUGUCCACCGAUCCUGAACGCUUCCGAAGCCUCGUCCAGGAGAGCCUCCGAAGGCACACGGAGGCCAUCAAUAAGUUGUCUGAUGCAGGAAUGUUUUUCUGGGAUUAUGGCAACGCAUUCCUCCUAGAGGCCCAAAGAGCUGGCGCAGAGGUCACCAAGGUGGACGGAGGGGCAACAGAGUUCCGCUACCCCUCCUAUGUUCAGCACAUCAUGGGGGACAUUUUCUCUUUAGGUUUUGGGCCUUUUCGCUGGGUGUGCACCUCUGGUGAUUCCCAAGAUCUGUCCGUCACCGACGACAUCGUUGCCAAAGUUCUGGAGGAAAUUGCUGCCAAUGUGUCGGACCGAAUUAAACAGCAGUACAGCGACAACAUCCGCUGGAUCAGAGAGGCUGGGAAGCACAAAAUGGUCGUGGGAUCCCAAGCCAGAAUCCUCUACUCUGACCAGAAAGGAAGAGUCUGCAUCGCUUUGGCCAUCAACCAGGCCGUUGCUGAUGGAAGAGUUUCAGCACCCGUGGUUAUCAGUAGAGACCACCAUGAUGUCAGUGGCACAGACAGCCCUUUCAGAGAGACCUCUAAUGUGUACGACGGCUCUGCUUUCUGUGCAGAUAUGGCUGUCCAGAAUGUUGUGGGAGAUGCUUUCAGAGGUGCUACAUGGGUCGCUCUGCACAACGGUGGAGGUGUUGGCUGGGGUGAGGUAAUAAACGGAGGAUUUGGUUUACUGCUGGACGGCUCAGGUGAGGCGGCAAAACGCGCUCGUCAGAUGCUCAACUGGGACGUCUCCAAUGGGGUGGCUCGUCGCUGCUGGUCCGGGAACAUAAAUGCCUACGAGACCAUCCAAAGCACCAUGGAGGAGAAUCGGCAGCUGCGCGUCACCAUGCCCUUUCAGGUGCAGGACGAACGUGUGCUGGACCGAGCGCUGCAGGACUAACCACCUCUUCCGUCUGGAUCGACGACACGGCUGAUUACAGCAGAGGAAUCCAGCAGCUGCAGUCACUUCAGUUUGUUUCUCUAAAUAAGGCCUUCUGCAGUUAAAACUACACGCCACAAAGAUGACUAAACAGGCUGAAAAUUUAAAUGAUAAUCUGAUUUUUCAUCACACAUAAAAAAGUGGCAAAUUCGCUGAUCAACCAGUAAGUUGAAGUUGUGCGGUAACGACUGGGUUUAUUUUUAGAAAACUGAGUUGCUGCCACCAGUUUACCCAGCAUCUCUACUGAAUCCAGUUUUCAUGUCUGGAACCGGGAGAGAAAAGGCCUCCAGACCAGGCUACACCUCUAACAGCAGCAGGUCAGCUUUCCUUAACUGGAUGACAAAACUUGACCUUUCAAAAUAAAACAAAGCAAGUUUAGCUCUUUGAUAUUCUCUAUUUUUUUCAUGUUGAUAAUAAAGUUAAAAGUCUGUGAA